AUGUACGAAGAAAAUGCCGCUCACAUCCUUGAACUUGCGUUAUCACUGAUUUAUGACUUGAAGACCGAAUACGAGAAUAUUCAGAGCCUCCCAAAAGAAGGAAGGAAGUUCAUGGAGUAUACAAAGUACACUGAGAAUUGCCAUUUUUUCUCUCAUAUAGAGGACUUUGAGGAGAGGGAGCGCUUGGAGAAGAAAAUUCAGUGCAUCCAACCGCAAAUAGUAACAGGUUUCGGAAGGCUGGAACAGCUGAGACAAGAACAUGCUGUAGUGAGACGGCACAAAGCACAGUUGGAAGCAGACAAGGUAUUCAGUUUUAAAAUGGAAAUCCAGAACGAAAUACAGGUGGACCUGGAUCCCGAGAGGAAAGAAGCGCAGCCUGGUCAUGUCCAACGGAUCAAGUACCUGGAAGACACAUUGGGGAAGGCAGAGCAGGCUGAAAAGCUGAAGGAAAACUUUGAUCCGUUCAUGGAAUACAUAAAGGAGUUCGAGAUAGAAGGAUUCAAUAUCUCAAUUUUCGACCCAGAUUCUGAUACUGAUAAUGACGACGAUGCUACAGAUGGAGGUGAAUCUUCCAGGGAAAGUAGUACAUCCAACAAAGACGAACUGCCAACGAGGCGUGAACGUCAUCACCGAGAGAAGAGACUUCUUAAAAAAGAAUUGGAGUUCAAAGUUCAAGUGGACCUGGAGUCGUGCUACAGAAUCGGGAAAAAGCAGGAAGAUAAAAGAAGAGCAGUACUGAUGGAAGUAAUGAAUCCUCAAGAUAAAACGCAAAUCCUCGGAGAAGGCAAGAAUCUCAGAGAGAAGAACCUGGCGCAGAAAGAAGGAAGACAGUUGAAGCUAUUGGAAGACCGACUUUAUAUCGAUGGGACCUUGUAUCGUAGUGGAAAGAAAUCCGAAGGUGACGAUGAAGGAGGAAAAUUGGAAGACAGCGUAAAAGGUGAUGAGCCCAUGAGGAGGCAAGACAAGAUGAAGGAAACGAGGACGGCAUUUAAGUUGGUCGACAAGCGAGUGACGAGGCAAGCAACGAAAUUAUUGAAAGACGGUGGGUUGAAAACGUAUUUAUUCCCUAUGCCUCGUAAGAACCCCAGAACCAAUGAAGUGGUCACCGGCUGCGCUAACCAGAGAGAAGAUACAGUAGACAGGAGGAGGAUUCAGGAGAGGAAUUAG